AUGGAAAAUCCUUAUGAGAUAAAAAAAAGCCCCAACAAGUCAAAUGUCACAUAUUCUGUUGAGUACAUGCCUAAAGAUAGUGACCAUGAAUUGUACUUUGGAUGGCUUGUUGAUGAACUGAUCAAGAUACAAUCAUUGUGUGAAAGAACUAUUAUUUACUGUCAAACAAUUAAGCAGAGUGGUAUUAUUUAUGCAACCAUAAAGGGUAUGCUUGGAAAGCACAUGUAUGUUAUAGAUGCCAAUGAUUCAAAAUAUGUCCUAGUUGAAAUGCUACAUUCUUGCACACCUGCAGCCAAUAAGCAACAAAUCCUCCACUCUUUUCAAACAGAACAUGGAAAAAUUCGUGUACUCAUUGCCACAAUUGCCUUUGGUAUGGGAGUAGAUUGCAAAGGAGUACACAGAAUUGUUCACUAUGGGCCAUCAAAAAAUGUUGAAGCUUAUGUUCAGGAGACAGGGCGUGCUGGCAGAGAUGGGAGGCAAAGUCAUGCAUACAUUUUGUAUCAUGGAAUUUUAUUACAUCAUGUUGAGGGAGACAUCAAAUCUGUUCUUAAAACUGAGGGGUGCAGGCAAAAGGCUCUAUUUCAACAUUUUGAAACUGUUUUAGAGCAGUUUCAUAAACCACAUCUUUGCUGUGAUAAUUGUGCUUCAACAUGCGAAUGUGGGGAAUCUGACUGUAACCAGCAUGCUGCAUUUCCAAAAAGUGAAGACCUCCAAGCAGUAUUCCACUCCUCAAGGGAGAGAGAGGUGACUGCAGAAAAGAAGAAAGCAGUUGAAGUAAACUUGAUUAAGUACCAUAAGUUGCUGGUCAUGAAACUGUUCAAUACUGCAGCCAAUGGAAAUAUCAAAACUCUGACUAAUUUACAGUUUAUGGUGGGUUUUUCUGAACAUCAGAUAUCUCAAGUCCUUAAAAACUUAGAAAGGAUCUUUACAUUCUCCGACAUUCUCAAUGUGGUUGAAAUAUGGGACAGAUGGCAUGCAGAAAAAAUCCUUUCAGUUAUCGCUGAUGUUUUUAAAGAUAUUGAAAAUGCAGUACAUGUAAAUACCGGUAGCCUGUAUACGGAGGAGGGUGGUGACCAGUAUGACUUUGAUGAUGAGUUCAUGGAUGAGUGGAAUGAGCUGCUUCAAGAUGAUGAACUAUUUGACAUGAUAAUUGAAAAUAUGUCAUUGUCAAAACUGCAGUCUUCACUUAUUGAGGAAGAGAUAAAUGCUUCAAGCGACAUGUUAGAAGAUGGAGUGCCAAGAGCUGUAUUGGACACCAUUGAGUCGAUGAACAUUAAU